AAAUACAUCACUACUGUGGUGGAAAUCAAAAAAGAAAGCGAUUUUCAGGUUCCCGUCGAGAAUCUUCUUGGAGUGGAAGGUGAAGGAUUCAAAGUGGCGAUGCAUAUCCUGAACAAUGGCCGUUUCGGUAUUCCAGCUAUGUGCACCGGCGCUAUGAAGCACUGCAUCCAGAAAACGGUCGAUCACGUAACCCAACGCGUACAGUUUGGUCAGACCUUGCAGGAGUUCUUUAACGUUCAGGAGAAGCUCGCAAACAUGGUCGCUCGUCACUAUGCUACCGAAUCCGUUCUAUAUCUGCUCGCCUCAAAUAUGGAUCGCGGAAUUCAGGACUAUCAGCUGGAAGCGGCUAUUGGAAAAGUCGCUGCAUCGGUAGGAUUAACCCUAUUUCACCACGGAACAUAG